UUCGAGUUUCAACCUCAUCCCUGAAACGCGCAACAAAACUCUCAUCCUCCUCUGCGCUUCCUUCCUUCCUCGCUUUCUCCACCCAACAAUGUCACUGGCAUCUUCAUUUCCCAUUCCUCACGUUCACGCCUCCACCACACUCAACCACCACCACCACCACCACCACCACCACUGCUUCAACCACCUCCAAAUCAAACGCAAGCACUUCGUCUUCAUCUCAUCCCCCACCCUCACCCUCUUCUCCUCCAACGCACUUCAAUCCCGCCACCGCCUCCUCCGCUUGGACUCCACCACUGACAAUUUCCUCGUCGACGGCCUCAAUUCCCCCCUCGACGACGACGACUCUGAACCGCCCGCGGCAAACAGCAAGAUCUUCCUCCAGGAACCGCCCUGGAUUUCGUCUCAUUUCCUCAAAGACUGGCUCAUGAGAGCCGAGCAGGAGGUGCGGGAGGCUGAAACGUUCGACGCGUUACGGCGGAGACAGAUCGAGGCGGAGACCGAGGCGUGGGAGAGGAUGGUGGAGGAGUACAGGGAGCUUGAGAGGGAGAUGAGGGAGAAGAGGUUGGCGCCGAAUUUGCCUCGUGUGAAAUCCUUGCUGCUUGGGUGGUUUGAGCCGCUUAAGGAGGCCGUGGAGGCUGAGCAGAAGGCGCACCAGGCGAGGUCUAAGAAGCAGCAGGCGUCUAUUGCUCCUAAUGUGGACUCGUUGCCGGCCGCGAAGGUGGCGGUUAUUGUGAUGCAUAAGAUGAUGAGUUUGGUCAUGGAGAAUGAGGAAGGGUGUGUUCAGCUUGUUCAGGCUGCUGUUCAGAUUGGCAUGGCUUUGGAACAAGAGGUUAGGAUUCAUAAGUUCCUUGAAGGAAAUAAAAGUCUCCAGAGUAAGAAGACAGAGGCUGACACUGAAGAGAAUUUGAAUAAUGAUAAAGAAAAACAAAGAAAAUUUGUGAAUGGUUUAAUUAAAAGAAAAAAACUGAAAGAGGUACAUGUGGUCUUGAAACAGGAAGAAGUUAGUCCUUGGAGCCGUGCUGCCCAGGCUAAGCUGGGAAGUCGAUUAAUAGAAUUAUUAAUUGAAACAGCAUAUGUUCACUCUCCAGUUAAUCAGUCUGCGGAUACUCCACCGGACAUUCGACCAGCUUUCAGACAUGGGUUCAAGCCUCAAUCAAGGAGUCCAGGGCAAAAGAUCUUGAAGAAUUAUGGUGUUAUACAAUGUGAUCCCUUAGUCCUAGCUGGGCUUGAAAAAUGUGCUAAGCAUAUGUUAAUACCUUACAUGCCAAUGAUAAUACCUCCGAAAAAGUGGAAAGGGUAUGACAAGGGUGGGCACUUGUUCUUACCUUCUUAUAUCAUGCGUACUCAUGGAUCUAGGAAGCAGCAAGAUGUAAUGAAGAACGUCAAAGGAGAGCAAAUGCAAAAAGUUUUCGAGGCAUUGGAUAUUCUUGGCAACACUAAAUGGCGAAUAAAUGGAAGAUUACUUGAUGUUGUGGAGUCCAUCUGGGCUGGAGGAGGUAACGUUGCAGGACUGGUUGAUUGUGAAAAUGUACCUUUACCAGACAAGCCACCUACGGAGGAUUUAAAACAAAUUCAGGAGUGGAAGUACAGAGUAAGGAAGGCAAAAAAAAUGAACCUAGAGAGGCAUUCUCAAAGAUGUGACACUGAACUUAAGCUUUCUGUGGCAAGAAAAAUGAAAGAUGAGGAUUGCUUUUAUUAUCCACACAAUCUUGACUUUCGCGGAAGAGCAUAUCCUAUGCAUCCUCAUUUGAAUCAUUUAGGUUCUGAUCUGUGUCGAGGUCUGCUUGAAUUCGCUGAAGGGCGACCAUUGGGAAAGUCUGGACUUCGGUGGCUGAAGAUACAUUUAGCUAAUUUGUAUGCAGGAGGAAUUGAGAAGCUGUCUUAUGAUGGGCGCCUAGGAUUUGUAGAGAACCAUAUUCAUGAUAUAUUUGACUCUGCUGAUAAUCCUGUUAAUGGAAAUCGUUGGUGGUUAAGGGCUGAGGAUCCUUUCCAGUGCCUUGCUGCCUGUAUUAAUCUAUCAGAAGCCUUAAGAAGCUCAUCACCAAAUUCUGUUAUCUCUCAUCUUCCAAUUCAUCAGGAUGGGUCCUGUAAUGGCUUACAACACUAUGCAGCUUUGGGAAGAGAUGAGCUGGAGGCUGCGGCAGUUAACUUGGUUGCUAAAGAGAAACCUGCUGAUGUUUACUCUGAGAUUGCCGUUAGAGUUCAUGAUAUAAUGAGAAGAGACAGCAACAAGGACCCCAGCACUUUUCCAAACGCUUUGUUAGCCAAAGUUUUAAUUGAUCAGAUUGAUAGGAAACUGGUCAAACAGACUGUAAUGACUUCUGUAUAUGGUGUUACUUAUAUUGGGGCACGAGAUCAAAUAAAGAAAAGAUUAGAGGAAAAAGGCCUCAUUACUGAUGAUAGACUUUUAUUUACUGCAGCUUGCUAUGCUGCUAAGGUGACAUUGGCUGCCCUUGGAGAAGUUUUUGAAGCUGCACGAGGCAUCAUGAGCUGGCUUGGUGAUUGUGCGAAGGUGAUUGCAUAUGAAAACCAGGCUGUUCACUGGACCACUCCUCUUGGUCUUCCUGUUGUACAACCAUACUGUAAAACUGAACGCCAUCUGAUCAAAACAUCACUUCAGGUUUUGGCUUUGCAGAGGGAGGGGACUGCAGUAUCUGUGAAGAAGCAGAGAAGUGCAUUUCCUCCUAACUUCGUACAUUCACUGGAUAGUUCACACAUGAUGAUGACUGCUCUAGCCUGCAGCGAUGCUGGCUUAUGUUUUGCAGGUGUUCAUGAUUCAUUUUGGACACAUGCAUGUGAUGUUGAGAUAAUGAAUCGGAUUCUUAGAGAAAAUUUUGUGGAGCUUUAUGACAUGCCUAUACUAGAAAAUCUGCUGGAGGACUUCCAGACUAUGUAUCCAGGAUUGGCUUUCCCUUCAUUGCCAAAAACUGGUGAUUUUGACUUACGGAAGGUUCUUGAUUCUCCAUACUUUUUCAACUGAGCAUUUCUCCAAGAGCAACAACUGUAAGUUUGCUGCAGAAGCUUUCUUGACUUCUAAUGCAAAACCAUGGACGAACUUCCGAGGCAUUUUCAACCUGUUUUGAAUGUUGAGGUUGGAAUGAUGACCCAUCAUUGCCUCUGGAAAAGGCCAUGAAGAAAAGCAAAUAGGUUCUGGAGAUAUUUUCAAAGAAAGUAUCUUGUUGCUUGAGGGAUCAGAACUUUGCUGAUUUGAAAAUCUAAUUAACUUGAGGCUGGUUCAAGAGGAGAUAAAGGCAACCCCUCAAAUUUAUAAUACAUUCAGGGGAGGAAAUUCACCACGAAAUUUUAAUGUCCGUGAUUUCCAACACCUGAAUUGAGUUGCGGCUGGGCAAUAGACGUGGCUAGUGCUAAAUGAGCAGAGCAUCUGUACAGUGUGGAACCUAGGGGCAGAGCAAAUUUUGAUAGUGCAAGAGUAUUUUUCUCUCACAAUGUAAAAUAUGUAAUAGAUGUAUUAUAGUAGGUUAGAGAAAGUUCGUUAGGGUUAGAAGCAUUGGCUUAUCUCUGAUUUUUAUAAAAUUAGUCACUUCCAUUAAAUUCAAUCAUAGUGUAUUAAAUUAUAGAUAUUGAGAAUAAAUGGAAAAGGAUUUUAGAAUUCA